AUGGCCGAAGCUGAUAUUGCUGUGAUCGGAUUGGCAGUGAUGGGCCAGAAUUUGAUAUUGAACAUGAACGAUCAUGGAUAUACGGUAUGCGCCUUUAAUCGUACGGUGAAAGUUGUCGACGACUUUUUGGCGAAUGAAGCCAAAGGCACCAAAAUCAUCGGGGCCCAUUCGAUCGAAGAAAUGUGCAAAAAAUUGAAGCGUCCUCGUCGUAUCAUGAUGCUGAUCAAAGCGGGAUCUCCAGUGGAUUCGAUGAUCGAAAACAUUUUGCCGUAUUUGGAAAAAGGCGACAUCAUCAUCGACGGCGGAAACUCGGAAUACACUGAUUCGAAUAGACGAGCCGAACAAUUGGCGUCGAAGGGGAUUCUGUUCGUCGGAUGCGGUGUUUCGGGAGGCGAAGAAGGUAUGUUUUUCAAGGGGGAUUUGCUGAAAAUUGCCGGAAAUUGCAUUUCGCGUAUGUGUUUCGAACCUGUCAUAUUGUCGGACGAAUAG